AUGGACGAGAUUGCCCCAGAGUAUGAUGUUGUGGUGCUCGGCACUGGCCUGACCGAGUGUGUUUUGUCUGGUGUGCUCAGUGUGAAGGGCAACAAGGUCCUUCACAUCGAUCGCAAUGACCACUAUGGAGGAGAAGCAGCUUCCGUCAACAUCGAAGCACUGUUCAAGAAAUACGGCAACGUCCGCCCCGGCGAGGAGCCAUGGAAGAAAUACGGGAGGGUCAAUGACUGGAACAUCGACUUGGUCCCCAAGCUGCUUAUGUCCAAUGGAGAGUUGACCAACAUUUUGGUGUCCACGGAUGUUACCCGGUACCUCGAGUUCAAGCAGAUUGCUGGCAGCUAUGUCCAGCAAGGCAAGGGUCCCAAGGCGACCGUGGCCAAGGUACCUUCGGAUGCUGGUGAAGCUCUCCGCUCAUCGCUCAUGGGCUUGUUCGAAAAGCGACGUGCCAAGAAGUUCCUCGAGUGGGUUGGUGAUUUCAAGGAGGAUGACCCAGCCAGUCACCAGGGAUUGAACAUACAUGCGUGCACGAUGAAGGAGGUUUACGACAAGUUUGGCCUCGAGGAUAAUACCCGCGACUUCGUCGGUCACUCCAUGGCUUUGUACCCCUCCGACGAAUAUAUCAACCAGAGUGGCGCCGCCGUCGAAACAAUUAAUCGUAUCCGCCUGUAUGGUUUCGCUCGUCUGUCUGCCAUUUACGGCGGUACCUACAUGUUGAACACCGACGUCGACGAGGUGCUUUACGAGAACGGCAAGGUCUCCGGAAUCAAGGCGACCAUGAAGGACCGUGACGACCAAUCCGAAGCCAUGAAGUUUGAGACCAAGACCAAGAAGAUCAUCGCUGAUCCUUCUUACUUCCCGAGCAAGUCCAAGGUCACCGGAUACCUGCUCAAGGCUAUCUGCAUUCUGAACCACCCCAUCGAUAAGACCGACAGCAGCGACUCUGUGCAGCUGAUCAUUCCCCAGUCUCAGGUUGGACGCAAGCACGACAUUUACAUUGCCAUGGUCUCGUCUGCGCAUAAUGUCUGCCCCAAGGGCUACUACAUCGCCAUCGUGUCCACCAUCGCCGAGAACGAUGCCAACCACCACCUUGAGCUUGAGCCUGGCUUUGAGCGACUGGGCAAGAUCGAGGAGAAGUUCAUGGGUCCCCCCAUUCCUCUCUACGAGCCCAUAGACAAUGGCGAGGAGUCCAACAUCUUCAUCUCUAAGAGCUAUGACGCGACAUCACACUUCGAGACCACGACUGAUGAUGUCCGUGAUAUGUACCGCCGUGCCACUGGCGAGGAGUUGAAGGUUGAGGGUCUCCGGGAAGACCAGCAGCUGGCCACAGAGUAA